AUGAUAACACUCGCACUGUUCGUGUCACUCCUAUUGACGGUAACAAGGCGUUAUUCUGGUAAGUAUGUCCGUCUGGUUUCUAACAAUUUCAAUUUUAACUUGACAAUUAACUGAGAGAUUUCCUGCGCUAUUUGGUCAUUCGAGCGCUAUGGUCGAUGUUAGUUUUUUUAAAAACUUUUUAGGAGCGGCCGUUAAUGUCUCUAGCAGGGGAGGCACAUUUAGACACCCACGGCUGCUUACGGCACAGUUCGUGUUAUCAUUCUCCGCCUUCGGCCACGGCUUACAACACUUACAACGACCUUGACCGACCUCAUUCAAUAAUUGGCUUGCAUUGUUCAUUAUCGUUAAGUCACAAGAGUCAAAAGUGCCCAAUUUGAUCCUUUUUAGCCUUGGAAUGCCCAGAAACGUGGAAGGAAUUUGAAGGCUUUUGCUACAAGGUUAUGAAUAGGCUUGGUUAUCGGCGGAGAUUUGCUUGGUCAACAGCAGUAAGCGGAUGUUUUGGGUUUGGAGGAGACCUGGUAAGCAUAUCGAAUGAAAAGGAAAGGAAGUUUGUCCAUGACACGACUUUCAAGGACGCAAACCGCACUUCUGUUUGGAUUGGGUUGGCGUAUCGGCAUCAAAAGGGUGGAUAUGUAUGGAACAAUGGAGAAUCAUUUAACAUUUCUGUUUCUGUCCAGUGGCUCAACAUGUCGAGAACUGUUCAUGAAAAUAAAUGCGUCGAAAUCUUGAAAAAGGGCUGGAACCUCACCGAAUGUUGCAAGGAAAAUAAACAUCUCUUCUGCAAGAGACCGAAAGGUGAGUUGUUCCUGCGUGGGAACUCGACAUUGAAAAUGAUGGGGAAGUUCUAA